GUAGAAGAACCCUUGUGCACUUAAGAACAUAUCAAGAAAUGCUCUCACUUUCUAGCUAAAACUAUAAUAAAAAUCUCCCAAAAACUUAAGCUUUUUUGGUCUUCUUUUACUCUAGUUACGACUGUAAGUCACUAAGUCAUGUCGAUAAUGCAUUCAGAUUGUGGCACACCCGACUUGCCCAUCGUCACAACACAAGCACCAGAAAACUGGCAGCUCAAACUUGCUACAUUGUUUAAAGUGUAUUACCCUCGUGGUUUUCUCCGGAAGGUGGUGGCAGAAGUUGUAGCUACUUUCUUGUUGGUUUUUGUGACAUGUGGAUCAGCAUCACUAACCACAAGUGAUAACCGCAAGGUGUCGCAGCUUGGAGCCUCGGUUUGUGGUGGGCUUAUUGUGACUGUCAUGAUCUAUGCUGUUGGACAUAUAUCUGGUGCACACAUGAACCCGGCCGUCACACUAGCUUUUGCAACAAAUGGUCAUUUUCCUUGGCCCCAGGUCCCCAUCUAUGCUGCAGCACAAUCGACUGGGUCCAUAUUAGCUUCAUUUGCCCUACGGGAACUAUUAGAUGAAGUUAAACAUCUGGGCACAACGACACCUACAGGAACAGACUUGCAAGCUCUGGUCAUGGAGAUCAUCGUUACUUUCUCCAUGAUGUUUGUCACUUCAGCUGUGGCUACAGAUUCUAAAGCCGUAGGAGAGCUUGCAGGCAUAGCAGUAGGAUCAGCAGUAUGCAUUACAUCCAUUUUAGCAGGACCCGUUUCAGGUGGCUCUAUGAACCCUGCACGCACCAUUGGACCAGCAUUAGCUAGCAGCAACUAUAAGGGUAUCUGGGUUUAUAUUAUUGGCCCUGUAAUAGGAACGAUAUCAGGGGUGAUGUGCUACAGUUUUAUUCGAGCAACAGACGAAUCAGUUCAGAAAGUAUCAUCAUUUAAACUUCGAAGAAUGGAGAGCAAUGAAGAAAACUUAUUGCAGUAAAAUGUCAACUCCUGUUAUGUGUAAUGAAAAUCAAUUAUCAUGUCUUGACUACCAAAAUGUAAAGACUUAAAAGAACUGCAAUUAAGCAUAUUGCAUUCA